AUGAAUUUGUUAGCGAUUUUUUGUUAUAUAACCAUGAUGUGUGACUCUCAAUUUAGGCGACUUGAGCAACCGACUGCGAUCCCUCAAGUCAAGCGAAUUGAGCAACCGGCUACUAUUGCAACACGGAUCGGACAGGCUACGAUCGCACCUAGGUUCGGACAGCCUACGAUCGCACCUCGGUUCGGACAGGCUACGGUCGCACCUCAGGUAGGAGAGGCUGCGAUCGGUCCUCGGAUCCGCCAAAGUUUUCAGAGUGUCAAUAACAGCGUGUCACCAACUAUCGAUGGACGUAAGACCACCAGAGAAACGUCUUCAUAUCCAACUCGAUACGAUUUCAUUGAUAUUGAAGCUGUUAUGAACAAUGAACGAAUCAUAAAAAUUCUCUUCAAUUGUGUUAUGAACCAAGGACCGUGUACCAGAGAGGGUUUGGAGCUCAAAAGUAAGCCCUUGAUAAUAUGA